UUUCCCUGCUGCAUCCAGACACCACGGCGGGCCGAGAGGGACGUGCCUGGGGCUCCGGGCCAGGAGACGCGCCCGGGCAGCGCUGCCCCGCCGCAAACCCGCUCCAUGGAAAUCCGUGCAACAGCUCGGCUUGCUGCUGCCCUGCCGGCUCUGCUCCCGCGGGUCUGAGCGGCCGGUGGCCCGGGGGGAGGGGCUGCUUUGGUGUCCCGUGAGGUGCCCCAGCGCUGUCAGCACCGCGCACCCGGCCCCGCAGCUCUUCCCAGGACCCAGCCUGGCUUUACGAGCCAGGCACUGAACACGGUUCGCCGGGCUAGCGGGAGCCGCGGCUCCUCCUGCUCUGGGCUGCAGCGGGAGCUGUACGUGCUUCCCCGGAGCCUUUGUGGUGCCCGCUCGCGGGGCUCGCACUGCCCUGCUCCUCCUCCCUUGCGAGCGGGGCUAGUGACCGCGCUGUCCUGCCUGUUUCCCUCUCGAUACUCACUUUGAAAUCGUAUCCCGUAGGUGCUGGGUGGGUGCCUGCUUAACAGGUAUGAUGUCAAGUAUGAUGCUGAUGCUCCAGUGACUAAGCCAGCCUCUUCUGGCGCAGACUCCGUCAUCCUAUCUGUGCUUCGAGCUCGGGGUUUCAGAGGAGGGCAUCUCAUAAUCAGGUCACAUUCCACGGAGGAUCCACCAUCCGUCUCUCCCUAAAUCGCGAGACCAGAGAGGGAAGAAGACAAAUAAUCGCUUUGCGAGAGGUGGAGAAAAAAAGACCAAGAUCAAAGAUGAGAGCCCCAGGCUGUUGUCUGGUGUUGCUGUUGGCUAUCGCCUUGGCGGAAGGGGACAGCAAAGGGGGUAAAGACGGAGACCAUCCAGGCAAUUUUAUGGAGGACGAGCAAUGGCUGUCUUCCAUUUCUCAAUACAGCGGCAAGAUCAAACACUGGAACCGCUUCCGAGACGAGGUGGAGGAUGACUAUAUCAAGAGCUGGGAAGAUAAUCAGCCAGUUGAUGAAGCUUUGGACACAACCAAGGACCCCUGCCAGAAAGUGAAGUGUAGCCGGCACAAAGUUUGCAUUGCCCAGGGCUACCAGAGGGCUAUGUGUAUUAGCCGCAAAAAGUUAGAGCACAGAAUCAAGCAGCCUGCCCUGAAACACCAUGGAAACAAAGAAAGCUUUUGCAAACCAUGUCACAUGACCCAGCUUACAUCUGUCUGCGGCUCUGAUGGACACACUUACAACUCUGUGUGCAAACUGGAGCAGCAAGCCUGCCUGACCAGCAAGCAGCUGGCAGUGAAGUGUGAGGGCCAGUGCCCCUGUCCGACCGAGCAUGGCCCCACCUCAACUACAGAUGUCAAACAAGAGACUUGUACCGGGCAGGACUUAGCAGACCUGGGAGACCGUCUGCGGGACUGGUUCCAGCUCCUACAUGAGAACUCCAAGCAGAACAGUUCGGGAAACCCAGGGGCUAAUCCAGUGAAUGGUACGGAAACUGCAGUGCUGGACAAGAGCCUGGUGGCCAGUUGCAAGGAUUCCAUUGGCUGGAUGUUUUCCAAGCUGGACACAAACAAUGACCUUUUCCUGGACCAGACAGAGCUCGCAGCUAUCAACCUAGACAAGUAUGAGAUUUGCAUCCGGCCCUUCUUCAACUCCUGUGACACCUAUAAGGACGGCCACGUCUCCACUGCCGAAUGGUGCUUCUGUUUCUGGAGAGAAAAGCCCCCCUGUCUCGUGGAGCUGGAAAGGAUCCAGAUCCAAGAAGCAGCAAAAAAGAAACCUGGUAUUUUCAUUCCAAGCUGUGAUGAGGAUGGAUACUACAGGAAGAUGCAGUGUGACCAGAGCAGUGGGGAGUGCUGGUGUGUUGACCAGCUUGGCAUGGAGCUGACAGGAACACGGAUACGUGGAAACCCAGAUUGUGAUGACAUAGUUGGGUUCUCGGGGGAUUUUGGGAGUGGCGUUGGAUGGGAGGAUGAGGAAGAGAAAGAGACUGAGGAAGCUGGAGAAGAGGCUGAAGAAGAGGAGGGAGAGGCAGACGAUGGAGGCUACAUAUGGUAGAAGCGGAGAAGAGCACAGUUUGGUCGGGAUGCUGGCAGCAAGGUGUGACAGCAGGCAAACUCGAAGGACAUGAGCAGCUUAAUGAGAUGAUCAGGAAACACAGUUGAAUGUAACUUAUAUAGCAGAAAAAGUGUGUGUGCGCAUGUAUGUGUGUGUGGAUGCUUGGGGUGCUAUUUACAAUGCCCCAGGGACACCCUGCGUUCUCCCAAUACAGCUGAAAACACCACUGUAGCAAAGCAAAAGCAGUCUGCAGUGUUGGUUCAGUUGGGGUUUUUUGUUCCACUUUCAGGUCUGUACUGAUAAAUAUUUCAGCCCAUGGGCACAUACCCCCUAGUGUGCACAUGCUCACACAUACCCAUACCCAUAUUCACAGCCAUGAGUAAAAAACACCCACCAGUAAUUAAUACCUUGUUAUAGAAAUCUGGCUGCUGAACUAGCUCACCAUUGACUUUAGCAGUUGCACACUGCAAACACCUUGGAAAAUCACAGGAGCAUUUCCCAGUCUGCACUGUAGCACAGGCACUGCCAUGGUUUGAAUGACAGGCUGUUCCAGUGUGCAGUCCUUCACUCGCCUAAAGUUUAGGUGAAGAAUUGUACUGCCACAGUCCAAAUGCAGGGCUGUACCCAGUGUGGGUGAGACAGAAUUGUCCUUGGGCCUGUUUGAGAUUUCUGUUUCUUGGGGAAAAUUAACCUAUAAGGAUAUUGCAUCUUGCUGUUGAAAGCAGUGCUCUAGUGGUAGGUCAAUGACUGUUGGGCACCUGUGACUUGCUCAGCUACCUUAAAACCAAAAGGGGUAUUGAAGCUUUUUGCCAAACAGAUUGGUCAUGAAUUAAUUCUGCAUCUUCUAGUGGCACAGAAAAGGGGAUCAGACACUUAGACUUGCAGACCAUUUUAAUCAUGGAGUAAAGUUUUGAUCAAUGAUUUUAAUAACCUUUUUGACCUUGCAUGAUGGAAAAAACAAACUGCAUUGACAGGCUCAUUACAAUAAGAGCCCAAGAAAACCUGUUCUGUACCCACUUUUUUCCCAUCCAUCCCCUGAUGUCCAGUGCCAGCUUCUGGUAGUCAGAGGUUUAGGGACACUCAGAGCUUGGGGGUGUGUCCUUGACCAUCUUGGCUAAGAGCCAAUAAUGGUCUUAGAGAAAGCAUACCUUGCAGCUGGUACACGCGGGACAAAGCAUGACCUAACAGGCUCAGAUAAGCACAUGCUGUCCUAUGCAAACCCAAAAGCUUGGCUGGAACCUGACUCAGACUGGUAGUGCCCAAAAGCCAUUGCUAUAUGAUACUCAUUAAUGGGGCUAGGUGAAAUAUAUUGGUGGUGUCAGGUCCAUUUAUUCGGGAUUGAGCGGGGAGGGGAAGAGGAGGGUUCAAUGACAGUGUGUGAUCACAUAGAUUGCAGCUUUGUCUUGUCCAAAGUAUUGAUUAGAAUUUUGUGUGUGUGUGUAAGCGAGAUGUGUUGUGGGCUUCAGAAAACUCCUUCCAGUGUUCUACACUUUGCAAAGCUGGGAGCUGCUCAGACCAGUAAAACUGGCUAUAAGGCUGCCCAUUCAGCUUCUUGAAACCAUGGAGUAAUUGCAGCCACAAUUUCCAUUAUCAGUACUAGAAAGCCUCCAUGUUGCAGAAGAUGAGUUGAAGGACUAGUGGCAACAUCGCUCCAGUUCGCAUCUUUCCCUGUUCGUGGGAGUAUUCUGCCACCUUCACCCUGCCAGAAAAGGGAAACAAAGUCUGAAAAGUCAGUUUCUUUGUAAGAUGUAGAACACUUUCCUUCUGCUCCAGGAGACAAUGCACUUAUUGAAUAUGAACAAUGCACGUACCAGUGUUUUUUGUCAUUGCUCUCUCUGGAAAGCACCUAGUUUCUUUCUAUUCAGUUUGUGUGCCCAUCACAGGGUUGGGCUGAGGUAUUUUUGGUUGCUUUUGAAUGUUCUGUUAGUCACUGGACAAUUGAGACGCUCUGAUGAGCUGGAAAAGCCAAUGCUUUAGGUUUUAAUACAGAAGAACCAGUUCCCCAAGAACAUGUAUUUAAAGGCAGGAAGAGUAGGUUAGUGGGGCAUAGGAAGCAACUUGGUGAGGAGCAUGGGGAUACAGUGCAACUGAAGAUGAAGACAGACCUGAAAAUGACAUUCCUUCAGUGAAAGAAAAGCCAUCUCUCCACUCGCAGACCAGCCACCUACCCCCUAUUUUCAGUGCAGCCUCCAUGAUCGCAAACUGGGUGUCUGCUCUUGACUUAAGAAGGUUGGGGGGCUUUUUUUGAUGGAGAUACUUAUAGCACGCACGCGCGCACACACACACACACACAGCUUAAUCCUAUUCCCAUGACAUCAUUGUAAAUUUUGCCAGGGACUUAACUGGAAGCUGGAUUAGACCCAAGCUAUGUUAAUUUCAGUUUGAUGGACUGGCCCCCAGCAAUCAGAUGUGUGGCCCUGUGGGCAUAUAGGCAUGUGCCUUGAAAGCCUGUGCAUGUGUGUGCAGUGUAAACAUGCCCCAGUGCAGUGAGAGAGUGUGGGGUAAAACAGCAGCAGCCAGCUUGGCUUACGUUGGGUAUUCCAGAUCUUAUGUGACAUUAGGUCUAAAAGGCUGAACCAGAAGCUCAAUUUGCUACAGCAUAUUCUUAAAAAAAAAUUUUUUUAAAUCUAAAAUCCCAGUAAACCCAAGUAACGUGCUUGCAAUGAUCCCAUAUUAGAAAACACUGUUAUGUAGCCAGCUGUGAUGAUAAAUGCACCUUGCUGUGCGGAACGCUUUACAUUUCCUUCCACCCAAUCUCUCUCUAAUAAAUACACACAGACAGCUUAUCCCCCUUUAUUCAGCUAUUUCUCCUGAUCUUCUGAGGAAAGAAUAAUUGACCAUGACCGACGAGGGGACACUGUAGUUGAAUGUGCCACUCCCGAAAGGGAUGACCUUCUCAGUCAGUGCGCUACUUGAACUGUUCUGUUUUUCUUAGCGUUUGUGUUUUGUAUUGGAUUUUUUUCAGCAUCACCUCACAAGGCAUAACACACACUUGACCUUUCAUUCAAAAAGCUCACUUUUACAUCCCACCUGUUGUCACUGCCUUUUGGGGCUGUUCUGGUCUCUUUUGUUUGCUUCAUGCCUGCUUGUCUCUCGUACUGGAUUUGCUUCCAGUUGUGCAUGUUUAAUAACCUGUAAAUAUGUUUUUGAAUCAAAGAAGCAAUUUUCUAAUCCCGAUGCGCUCUAGCCAUGUAGAGCCCCUCCUUCCCCUGAGAUGGUGGAGCUUGCCUCUGAGUUUUGGACAGUUAUUGAGGCACUGGUGUCCUUCAACCAGGCUCAAGGCUGCAGUGGUUGUGCUAGGAUUCAGUUCAGCAGUGAAAAGCUCCACUGGAGGUGUUUGCCUCCGCUAAGAGGCCUAUGUUGCUGCAGAGGUCAGCGCAUCCAAAAUAUAAACAAAGGAACAAACACACAAAUCAUUUGUAGCCCUUUGCUUUCCAGAGCUCUACCUCCCUGCUAAUGUGUACACAAGGUAUUAACAACAGGCAUGCCCUCCCUGCUGUAUUUACAACCAGGAAAAAUUACAACAACCUGUGUGUUCAGAUUCUUGUUUAAUUGACACCACCACCAUUCCCAUAGGAAUCAGCUGUGAUAUCAUUUAGCAAGCAGCUUGACCAUCACACCUGCCCACAUAGUAAGCAGUUGUGCUAGCACAUGUGUCAUUGGCAGGAGGGGAGUUAGCAGAGGAAAUGUCUAGCUACACUUGUUAAUGUUUUGUUUUUUCUUAAGACUGAACUAAGCCAUUGGAAUAUCCAUGACUGGCCUUCUGAGCCUGUGGCUAGUGCUCUUCACUGCUGUGCAGGAGACCUAGCUUCCAUUCCUGGUCCUGGUUCUCAGCCCCAGAGAUGGCAGGGGCUAGGAGGGCACUGGAAGAACCAGGCUCAGACUCUGAGCAGAAGAGGAAGGGCCUUGCACUGCACUGCAGCACACACCCUCUUCCCCCCUGGAAAAGUAGGAAUGGGAUAGCUGGACAUGGAAAAGAGUCUUAGCCUUCUGGUCAAGGUAAAUAGAAUGAGAGGUGGGAUCUCGGACGAUGCAAAGUGGGCAGAUGGAAUCCUAAGGCACGUAGAGGGCACUGGCUCAGCUGUAGGCUUUUCAAGUGUGGCUGAUCAUUCUCUGUGUUUUCGCAUUCAAGCUUCCUGUGGAUCUUUCCAUACACUUCUCUUUUACUAUGGAACUGGCCUGUCUCUACAAAAUGUAGUGCCAUGGCUUUAAACCUUUUAUCCAUCUCUUUCGCUCUUCUCCUCCAAACUGGCGUUUAGCUCACUGGCGCUUGAGAGCUAUGUAUAUUAAAACCACUAAUAGAUAAGUAUUUUGAAGGUGUUCAAAACAUGUUCAUUUUGUUUUUUAAUUAUAUGCUUAAUGAAAGAAACUGACUAACAAAGUUCAGAGAGGAACAACAGCGUCUAGCCUGAAAUAUAUUAAAAUGUCUUAUGUGCAAUAACUUUGAACUUAGAGUUAAGAAUCGUGUUCAAGUGCUUGGAUUUCAGUUUGUAUAUUUAAGUGCUGAAAUUGUAUCUCUCAGUAAUUUUAGAUGUUAAUCCAAACCAAGUGUUAGAAUGUAUGUGUGCAUUUGAUGGGCACUAGCGCACCAAGCAUUUCAAUUCUUAGGGCCCCCUUUCCCCAGCUGUUACACUCCUGUCCUGCUUCACAAGGCCGCCAGGGAAAGCUGUUUCACAUUGUCUGUCUCUGCCUGGUACUUAACCUAAGGAAACAAGUACACACGCCAAGAAAUGAAAUCGUUAUUUUUUAAAAAAUAAAUAAAAAUUUAUAAACACUCUCUUUCCCCUCCUA